CUGCUAGCUCAGCCUGGUGUGGACCCACCUCCCAGUCUCUGGCUGCAAAGACUUUCUCUUUCCCUUUGCAGUUACCUUGGGUCCUGCCACACAGAGCGGCCUGUCUUUAUCAGAGGUCCCUCUGCCAGGGGGAGGACCCCAGAGAAAAACAGAAAGAGGAUGAGAGCCUGAGGAAGAUAAAGCAUCCCAGGGCCUCCCACUCCAGCGCCAGAGCAGGAAGAGGGAGGGGCCAUAACUACGAGACCCUGGGAGGUCACUUAAAGGAGGGCUGUCCUAAAACCGGGAGCCUGUAGCAGAAAGUGAAACCUUCCUGCUCCAGACAAAGAUCAUAGUCGGGACUGGCCAGCCAAAGAUGAAGCCUCAGUUCAGAAACACAGUGGAGCGAAUGUAUCGAGGCACAUUCUUCUACAACUUUAAUAACAGACCCAUCCUUUCUCGUCGGAAUACCGUCUGGCUGUGCUACGAAGUGAAAACAAGGGGCCCCUCAAUGCCCACUUGGGGCGCAAAGAUCUUUCGAGGCCAGGUGCCCAGGUCUCUCAUCAGAGUCCCAUUUCAAGUGCUCAGUAACCCCCUUGGCCAGUGCCCCCCAACACAUGGGAGAGCGCAAGUCCAGUGGCCUCCCCAGCAGAUGGCAGGGAGGGAACAAGGCCGACCCCAGAGGGCCAGGCCACAGCAGGGGCUGAGGAUGCCUGGUGAAUGGAUGCCUGGGAGAAUGGAUGCCAGAAUUCACGCACAAGGCCGUGAACAGGGCUGGGAAAACUUCCAAACGAAGGGA